AUGAAUGAUUCCGAGGAGGAAUGCACAUGUACUGGGGACUACAAGAAUUUGAGGCGUGUGUCCAAAUUACUCCUUUUCAAUAAAUCGUUUCAUUCCGUAACGGACAAGAGAUCUCAGAAUCACGAUUGUGGUGAGAACAGUAUGAAAAUAGUAACUGAAAAGAAAAUAGAAGACGACGCUUCAGAGUCUUCUAGUGGAGAAAAUGUAGAUAUAGAAGAUAAAUCUCUACCUAUAGUCGAGUCAGCGCUAGAGACUCCAGCAGAGGCCCAUUCAGCACAAUGUUCAUGUCCGAACUGUGAUGAAGUAUUGUCUAGGUUUUCCGAAUGCAGUAUUUGCUUGGAACCUUUACAGUGUUGCGGCCCUUGUGUAUGUCCUUGGUGUGGAGGUGUGUGGUGUGCGAGAUGUUCUAGACGUAUGUCACGGUGCGCCUGGUGCAGAGGCGCUCUAAGAGCUCCAGCCGCACCGUGUCUCGCUUUACAGAGACUGGUCAAUGAUCUGAUGCUACCGUGUCGGAAUUAUAGACGAGGCUGCACCGAACUUCUAACAGCAACUAUUAGAUCGAAGCACGAAGAAGAAUGCAAAUACGACACAAUGAUUUGCCCAAUCACAUCUACCUGUUGCACAGUACCCUUCGAAGAACUGUCUGCGCAUCUCCAAUCAAAUCACAACAUCAUAGCAGUCUACUCUCAAAAAAUCAAAAUCCUAAUAGAAAACUUCCAGACAAAACUUAAGAAGACCGCUUGCUGUAGAACCAAAUACAAAAUAAUUUUGCUCUAUCAAAAAAGCGCGUUUAUCAUCAAAGUAUGUAUAUACAACUAUCACGUAAAAGUUGAAGUUAUGAGACGAAAACUUGGUUAUAUAGCUGAUGUGAAGUCAGAGUCUAAGAAAAGCGAUUAUUGCGCCCUGAUAGAGUUUCAAAGUAAGGCACUGUGUACUAAAUCUGCUAUUCUCAUUGAAAACGAAGCGUACAGUAAGAAAGCUGAAGUUCAAUGGAACGAUGUUAUACUAAAAUCUGAAAACGAUGAAGCUAUAACCAUACACGUAAAUAUAGGCAAAACUGAUGCAGAGCCACUACGAAAGGAAUUUCAUGAAUCA